UAGAGUGAUGGCCCAGCCUGUUUCCCACUCCCAAACCCACAGCAGGGAGUUCAUUUGCAGGUUGUGUAGCUACAGGUGUUCUGAAGAAAAAGACUUGAAGAUUCACGCCAAGACACAUAGGAGGGCCAUUGAGUGUCUGGAAUGUGGCCACCUGUUCGAUAAUCGUCGACAGUUCAAUAACCACUACAAUGAGUAUCAUCAAAUCUUCACUUGUGACCAUUGCGGGCUCUCGUUCGAGAUGAAAUCGACUCUUAUCAAACACAUCAGCAGAAAACAUACGAAACUAGAGUGCAAGAUCUGUGACAAGAAGUUCUCGAGGUACAACAGUCUGUGGCUCCACAACAAGGUGUUCCACGGGCCCCCCAUUGAAUCCGCCUACUGUGUGGUGUGUGACCUGAAAUUCACAGAUGCUUACAGAUACAAGUGGCAUCUCGCGAACAACGUCAAGCAUAAACCUAGGAAGAUUUUACGACGCGCAACACCUGUCGCAGCACGCCAACGGCCGCUAGCGCACGGCCCGAUACACUCACUGCUCUCUGACCGAAGUCAAACUUCUAUACAAUCGUUGUGAUUUGAAACUCGGCGAAACGAAAAUGCGUCACUAUAAAGAAAGAAACACAUAAAUGUAAU